UCCGAGGCGCGCCCCACGUUGCGGCCUCCGGCUACUUUGCGCUCCGCCUGCUCCCUGAGCUCCCACAAUGCUGUCUGCGGAAAGGGAGGAGGAAGGGGGCUCCCCGGCCGGCUCCUUGCAAGCCCGCCCCUCAUUCAGAGAGGGAGGAGGAGCCGCCCAGCCUGCCACCCGGCGGGGCUGCCGCUGACCGGACAGGAGCCGAGGUGCGCAGAGAGCCGGAAACUGCGCCCGCUUGCCCUGCACAUACCCGCUCCCCUCCCGCAGCAGCACCUGCCGCGUGUCCUCCGGAGAUCGCCGGCUGGGGACGGCGCCUCUCUCCCUCGGGCCCCCGCACCGGUCUCGGCGCCCUUGGCACAAGCCUGGCCCAUCUGCGGCUGCAGCCGCCCUUCCAGCCGGGCACGGGCAGGGUCUCCACAAAAGGAUGGGUUGCCAAGGACUUCUCGAUUUUGGAAAGAAGCUGCUUCGCCGGAAAGUUGUGAACUGGAGCAGAGAAGAGAGCAAGCUGUCACGAUGCCUCAACACUUUUGACUUGGUGGCUCUUGGUGUAGGUAGCACACUUGGUGCGGGUGUCUAUAUACUGGCUGGCGCAGUGGCACGAGAAAACGCGGGACCUGCGAUUGUUAUCUCUUUCUUGAUUGCCGCAUUGGCUUCUGUGUUGGCUGGACUUUGUUAUGGAGAAUUUGGUGCUAGAGUUCCAAAGACUGGGUCUGCUUAUCUCUAUAGCUAUGUGACCGUGGGUGAGCUGUUAGCAUUCAUCACUGGAUGGAAUUUAAUUCUUUCUUAUGUGAUUGGAACAUCAAGCGUGGCCAGAGCAUGGAGCGCGACGUUUGAUGAACUUACAGGCAAGCACAUCGAGCGCUUCUGCCAAGAGCACAUGACCAUGAACGCUCCAGGGGUGCUAGCAGAAUAUCCAGAUAUCUUCUCUGUUCUCAUCAUCUUCAUCUUAACAGGGCUUUUAACUUGUGGAGUGAAAGAAUCCGCAAUGGUAAACAAAAUAUUCACCUGCAUCAACGUUCUCGUUCUCGGCUUCGUUAUGGUGUCAGGCUUUGUGAAGGGAUCAGUCAAAAACUGGCAUCUCACCAUCGACGACAUCUAUAACAUGAUCAAUGAUUCAUAUAGAGACAAUCAAACACAGGUGGGAGAUCUGAAGCAUGGCGUUGGGGGGUUUAUGCCCUUUGGAUUCAAUGGAGUCCUCUCAGGGGCAGCCACAUGCUUUUAUGCCUUCGUAGGAUUUGACUGUAUUGCCACCACAGGCGAAGAAGUGAAAAACCCUCAGAAAGCGAUUCCCAUUGGCAUCGUCGCCUCGCUCCUGAUCUGCUUCGUCGCUUACUUUGGUGUGUCAGCUGCCCUCACGCUCAUGAUGCCCUACUACUUGCUCGAUCCAAACAGUCCUUUACCCAAUGCAUUUCAAUACGUGGGCUGGGAGGGUGCCAACUAUGCAGUGGCCGUUGGUUCACUUUGUGCCCUUUCUACUAGCCUUCUUGGCUCCAUGUUUCCGAUGCCUAGAGUGAUUUAUGCUAUGGCAGAAGACGGGCUGCUGUUUAAAUGUUUGGCUACGGUCAGCAAGCGAACCAAAACCCCAGCAAUAGCUACGGUAACUUCAGGGGCUGUGGCAGCUGCCAUGGCCUUUCUUUUCGACCUGAAAGAUCUUGUGGAUCUUAUGUCCAUCGGGACCCUGCUGGCUUAUUCCUUGGUGGCAGCCUGCGUAUUGGUACUGAGGUACCAGCCAGAGCAGCCUAACCUGGCCUACCAGAUGGCUAGUACAACGGAGGAGCCGGACACCAACGAGUCUGCGAGCACCAGUGGAUCGCAGGCUCCAUUUCUGCCUGAAGAGGAGGAGAAAGAGUCCCAAAACUCCAUUCUGUUUCCCCAAAACUCAGAUCCCUCCAGACUCUCUGGUUUGGUGGUUAACAUCUCAUCUUGUAUCAUAGGUUUACUUAUCAUCAGCUGCUGUAGCUUUACUGUCCUUGGCAAAGACCUGCUGAUAAAAGGGACUGUGUGGGCUAUCGUCAUGAUUGCCGUGCUCGUUCUCUUUUGCCUCAUUGUCGGUUUAAUUAUUUGGAGACAACCUGAAAGCAAAACCAAGCUCUCGUUUAAGGUACCUCUUUUGCCUUUACUUCCUAUUCUGAGUAUUUUUGUGAAUGUUUAUCUCAUGAUGCAGCUGGAUAAAGGGACCUGGAUACGGUUUGCUGUCUGGAUGUUCUUGGGUUUUAUCAUUUACUUUGCAUAUGGAAUGGGGCACAGCAUGGAAGCUACAGAUUCAGCACCGCCAGAUUCAGAAAGAAACAUGGACCUCAACUCGGACAGCUGCAAAUGAUAGCGUGUUUGGCUGAAGAGCAGCCCAGCCGUCACGUCAGACGAGGAAGCUUCAUCUCGGGGACCCUGAACUACUUCCUCUGUUGACCCGUGCAGCAGAGGAUGGGAUUCCCAGCCUUGCUUGCUGCAAGUUGAAGAUCGAUUUACCUUGGUGAUGCUGUAAAAAGGGAUCACAAGGAAAACACCGCGCCUCUGGCAUACUCCCAACAACACUGUUCCCUGGACUGCAGGCACUCGCUCGCUCUCUCUUUUUUUUUUUUUAAAUGUAUGGAAAGAAAACCGCUCCUCUGUGUGCCAGUUAACCUUCAAUGCUGCUAUGAGACUAGGCCUCCUGAAAGUCCUCCUUUCAGUAGUCCUGUGAAUUAACUCCCCAGGUACUUGUUUUUAAAUGGAACAGACUCUGCAAUGCUAAUGUCAUUCCUAGAUCAGAACCUUGGAUCAAGUGAUGUGGGCUGUAUCACAAAAAAAGUCUCUCACCAAAAAUAAUCUCCCAUCUGGUUAAAAAGUGCCUGCAAUGAGUUACAUUUUACAGAAAAGCAUCCAGUGGCAUUAUUUUAAUUGUAUUUAACUUCUGAAUAGAUACUUGUAUACUUUAAAAUGCAGCUUUGCCGUGAUGUUUAGGGGAGCUGCUCUUAGGCUGAAUUCCCUUUUCCUUCAUGCAGCUAGUACAGACAAAUGCUUCUGUGAAUAACAGACCCCACCGCUCACUAGAGGGGCCUCCAGCUGUAGCUGUAAAUCUGCUUGGUGUAAGUAUCAGAGGGGGAGCUGUGUUAGUCUGGAUCUGUAAAAAGCAACAAAGAGUCCUG